UGUGUUGCCCGUAGGUGUAGGAUAGGACACUACCAUACCAUACAAUCAACAUGACAGGGAAGGACGGGUUCGUAUCUUACUCGCCCCUUCCCUCCAAUCCUAAUCCCAACCCUAACUCCAAUCCUUAUUCCUAUCCUUACCCUCCACAACAACAAAACGUCGUCGUUCUCCUUCCUUCUUACCAUCCCCGUUUCCACCUCCACCACCACCGCCGCCGCUGCCUCCGUUGCACCGCCGCAAUUCUCCUCUUCCUUCUCCUCGUCGCCGGCGUCUUCAUCCUCUAUCCAUCCGAUCCUGAAAUUCAACUCGCUAGGAUCCGAAUCAACCACAUCGGAAUCCGAACCAAUCCAAAGCCAAUUCUAGACCUAUCGUUUUCCGUAACCGUUAAGGUUCGUAACAGAGACUUCUUCUCUCUAACAUACGAUUCUCUCUCUGUUGCCGUCGGUUACCGUGGCCGUCAGUUAGGGUUAGUUCAUUCUAUCGGUGGUGGCCGGAUUAAGGCGCGUGGAUCAUCCUAUGUCGACGUUGUGCUCUCCGUCGAUGGAUUUGAAGUUAUCUAUGAUGCUUUCUAUUUGAUACAAGAUAUUGCCAAAGGUGUGAUUCCAUUCGAAACUCACACAACUGUUGAUGGAAAAUUAGGGCUUCUCUUGUUCAAUGUUCCUUUGAAGGCAACAGUGUCGUGCGACGUGUAUGUGAAUCUAAACAAGCAGGUUAUUGAACGCCAAGACUGCUAUCCUGAGUCACUGGGUGAUAAAGUGGAUCAGAACGCUAAUAUUGGAGUUGGAGAGACAUGAUGAGUUAUGAAUCUUGAUCAUCCUUUGCUUAUACACUUGCUUGUGGUGUUUUGCUCACUGCAUUGUUUUAGUGUGCUCGUGUGAUGUAUGAUUGUAUAAGCAUCACACACCUUUGUAAAUUCUGGUUGAACUGUCUGAGACCACUAGCAUCUUGUAUCUAAAGCUUGUAUAAGGUAAAAUUAAUGCAAUUUUUACUUUAGUGCUGUUAGUUCUAUGAUUGAGAAAUAAAAGUAUGUGUUUUCUGUUGAUUA